GGAGGCUCGUUAUGGUGCAGGCGUUAAAGAAACCCGGAUUUUCCCACCCUCGUUUACCAGUUUGACCAGUAACUCGGGAAAGAGCACACACGAGUUCUGGACCAGUUUUUACCCUUGUGGUCCCUGAUGGCUUCGCACAGUGAUACUCUGGUGGUGUUCUUUGGGGCAACAGCUGGUGCAAAUGGGGGUAAACUGGGUUCGGAUGAGAGGGAAAUAAUUCUCUUGGUGUGGCAAAUUGUGGAUCUACAUGAGAAAAAGGUGGGGAAACUUAAUAGGUGUCUUGUAAAGCCAGACAGUUUGGAAUUGACAGACCAAUGUAAGGAGGAGACAGGACUGACUUGGGAGGAACUCUGCAAGGCCGAACCUCUGGACAGCGCUCUGCAACAGUUUCAGCAGUCCAUCUCCAGUGAACUCAAGGCCCUGGGGAGGAGCUCCUACACCCUCUGUGUGGACGGGCCUCUGCUCAUUAGACAGGCAUUUCACCCUGAAGCCUCCAAAAAGAACCUGGUCCUUCCAGAUUGUUUUUACUCCUUCGUGGAUCUGAAGAAAGAGUUUCACAAAUGCUGCCCAAACGCAGGCCCAGCGAAGGACCUGACGCUGUCCUCCAUGUUGGAUUACAUGGGCAUCCCUACACUGGAAGAGCAGGUAGUGGGGGUGCAGGAGGUGAGGAGUAUGGUGCUGCUGACCCUGAAUCUCCUGUCUGAACCCUACAAUCACGAAUUCACCUGCUAUGAAAUCGUCAAGUACAAAUUUGAGUCGGGAGCAUGCAGUAAGACCGAGGCGGUGGACAGCGAGACGGUCAUCCGAGCCAGAGGACUUCCGUGGCAGUCUUCUGACCAGGACAUCGCCCGAUUCUUCAAGGGCCUCAACAUUGCCAAGGGUGGUGUGGCCCUGUGCCUGAACGCUCAGGGGAGGAGGAAUGGAGAGGCCCUGGUCCGCUUUGUUAACCCUGAACACAGAGACCUGGCGCUGGAGCGCCACAAACACCACAUGGGAAGCCGCUACAUCGAAGUCUACAAAGCAACAGGAGAAGAAUUCUUGAAGAUAGCAGGAGGGACUUCUAACGAAGUGGCGCAGUUCCUGUCCAAGGAGAACCAGGUGAUCAUCCGCAUGCGCGGGCUGCCCUUCACCGCCACCCCGGAGAACGUGCUGGGCUUCCUGGGGCCCGAGAGCCCCGUGACGGACGGCAGCGAGGGGCUGCUCUUCGUCAAAUACCCCGACGGGCGCCCCACGGGCGACGCCUUCGUGCUCUUCGCCUGCGAGGAGUACGCCCAGAACGCCCUGAAGAAGCACAAGCACAUCCUGGGCAAGAGAUACAUCGAGCUGUUCCGCAGCACCGCCGCAGAGGUCCAGCAGGUUCUGAACCGCUACAUGUCCACCCCUCUGAUCUCCACGCUGCCCCCGCCCCCCAUAGUGCCCAUGUCUGUGCUGGCCACGCCCCCCUUCCUCACCGCCAGCAACAGUCGGGACUGUGUGCGGCUGAGAGGGCUGCCGUACACCGCCGCCAUAGAGGACAUCCUAGAGUUCAUGGGCGAGCACGCCGUCGACAUCAAGCCCCACGGUGUCCACAUGGUGCUCAACCAGCAGGGCCGGCCCUCCGGAGACGCCUUCAUCCAGAUGAAGUCGUCGGACCGAGCGUUCAUGCUGGCCCAGAAGUGCCACAAGAAGAUGAUGAAGGACCGCUACGUGGAGGUGUUCCAGUGUUCCGCGGAGGAGAUGAGCUUCGUGCUAAUGGGGGGCACCCUCAGCCGCAGCGGCCUGUCACCCCCACCCUGCAAACUGCCCUGCCUGUCUCCCCCAGCCUACGCUGCCUACCCAGCACCCACCGCCUUGCUGCCCACCGAGGCGGCCCUGUAUCAGCCCCCCCUGCUGGCCACACCGCGCACAUCCCAGCCCCCGACCCACAGCGCUGCCCCCGCCCUGGCCUUCUACCCGCCCCAGGCCCACGCCCAGCUCUACAUGAACAUGAACAUGAACUACACGGCCUAUUACCCCAGCCCCCCCGUCUCCCCCUCCACGGUGAGCUACUUCACGGCGCCCCCUGGUGCCAUGACUGCUGCUGUGGCCGCGCCGGCGGCCCCUCCCAUGCUGCCUCAGCCGGGGGCCCUGGUCAGGAUGCAGGGCCUGCCCUAUAACACCGGCGUCAAGGACAUCCUCAGCUUCUUCCAGGGCUACCAGUACGCUCCCGAUGACUACAGCAGCCUGAUACAGCUGAGUGAUCAGGGCCGAGGUCUGAUCCAACCCAAAGAGUGGCUCUGUCUGUAAUGAGCCUGCGGAGCUCCAGCCGGACGCCGUCCUCCUGCUGUACAACUUCAGCGGCCAGCGCAGCGGGGAAGCCCUGGUGACCUUCCCCAGCGAGGAGG